AUGUCUAAAAAAGUUUAUGUGGUCCCUCAUACCCACUGGGAUCGGGAAUGGUUUUUUACGUCAUCUAAAGCAAAAGUUUACUUAAUGAAAAACCUCCAAGAUGUACUUGAUUGCCUCGAAAAAGGUGGUGCCUUUAAGUCAUUUUUAUUAGAUGGACAAUCAUCACUGAUUACGGAUUACCUUAAAUGGCGUCCGCAAGAUACUGAACGCGUUAAGCAGUUAGUGCAAGAAGGAAAAUUAGCGCUAGGUCCGUGGUAUACGCAGACCGACCAAUUUUUACCUUCAGGCGAAAGCAUUGUUAAUAAUCUGCGUAUUGGCAUUAAGCAAAGUGAUCGUCUUGGCGGUCAUCUGCCAGUUGCGUAUGUACCCGAUUCUUUUGGUCAGGAAUCCAGUAUGCCGCAAAUAUACCGCGGCUUUGGUAUCAAGGAUGCGGUUUUAUACCGCGGGUUUUGUCAAGGUACUGCUUCUCAAUCUGAAUUUAUCUGGCGUGGCGAAGAUAAUUCAGAAGUUACCGUCUUUCGCAUGGCGUGUGGCUAUUUUGUUGGUGGUGUAAUUGAUGAAACUAAGCUGGCACAGUUAAUGACGCAAGAGCCAUUCAAAACCAUUGUCCAGCAAGCAACAACGUCCAAUAUUUUAUUUCCUAAUGGCUCGGACAUGGCUCCAAUCCGAUUUGAUUUGCCAACUUUUAUUACCAAACUUAAGCGAGCCAAUCAUCACAAAUUUGAUUUUGAAGUUAGCUCUUUAACUGAUUACAUUGCGGCCGUUAAAAAGCAGCAGCCACAACUAGUAGCACUAGACGGUGAACAGGAUAGCGGUAAGGACAUGCGCGUGCAUAAGUCGAUUUCUUCUUCACGGGCUGAUUUAAAAAAGAUGAAUACCAAGUUGCAGAACUAUUUAAGCAACGUUAUGCAACCUGCUCUCACGCUAGGUGAUUAUUUAGGCAUUGAUUAUCCUCGCAACGCUAUUAAUGAUUUAUGGCAGAAAAUGUGUAAAAAUGCUGCGCAUGAUUCAAUGGGCAACUGUGUUUCUGAUCAGGUUAAUGAAGAUAUUAAAAGCCGUUAUGUUGCAGUUAAGAAACGGCUACCAGUUAGUGGAGGUGACUUUGAGUGUAAGCCAGGCCAUUAUUCACCUAGCCGCAACUUUUUAAUUCAAGAUGCGACGGGUAAAAAUGUGCCUUAUGAGGUUAACGCAAUUGAAGAUGUAACUGAGUUGGUUAAUUCGGCAACGAUUCAACUUAAUCCUGGUCAAAAAAUAUAUCGUCCAGCAAAAGUAUAUCGCUUGCAGCUUGAUUUUCAAUUUGACAACCUCCCCGCAUUCGGCUACCAGCAGUUUUACCUUAUUCCACUUGUCGAUCAAGAAAUAGCUUUGACUAGUCGGAAAACCGGUCGGACGAUUGCAAAUGAAUUCUACCGCAUUUCAGUCAAUGAUGACGGUAGCCUUAAUAUAUUGGAUAAAAUGAAUCAGCACUUAUAUCAAAAUCAAGCCAUUAUUGAAGAAAAUGGGGAUGCCGGUGACUCUUAUAACUAUUCCCCAGCCAAAAAGGAUUUAGUAAUUUAUUCAACAAGUCAAAAAUAUCAAGUGCAAGUUGCUUCCAAUAAUUUAGUUCAAAAACUACGGAUUGAUUUUGCAUUCUUAGUACCAGGGGAUUUGGCCAAACGUUCGCAGGGCAUUGUUAAUACUCUAAUGCCAGUUCAGCUUGAAGUGAGCCUACACAAGAAGAGCAAAAUUAUUAACUUUAAAAUUAAGGUUGAUAAUACUCUGCCUAAAAGUCAUCGAUUAUGUAUUGACUUUGCUAGCGGCAUAGUUGCUAAAACUAGUAUUGCUGACAUUCAGUUUGGCACGAUUAAACGACCACGGGUUAAAGAGCAGGAAUUGAAUGAAUGGCACCACAAGCAAGCUGAAUGGCAAGAAAAACCAGUUUCAAUUAAUACAAUGCAGAGUUUUGUUGCUUUAGCAGAUAAAAAGCGCUGUUUGGCACUUGCACCUCAAGGCGUACGUGAAUAUGAAUGUAUUGGUUUGGAUAAUGCCACGGUGCGAUUAACCAUUUUUCGUACUUACGGGAUGCUGGGCAAACGAGAUUUACUGUAUCGUCCAGGACGUGCUUCGGGAGAUGAAACAGUGCCAACUCCCCAAGCACAACUCAACCAUAAAUUAGACUUCGAGUUGGCACUGAUUACGGAACAAACUGGUUUUGAUCAAAGCGAUUUGGCUAAUGAAGUAAAGGACAUGGAAACACCGCUGCAAGUCUAUGACUGGUUUCAGACAACUAACCAGUUGAGUAUAAGUACGAUUGAAAAAGAUCCAGAGCGUAAAGGCUAUGCAAUCAGGUUUUAUAAUCCAAAGUUCAUUCAGUUCAAGAACGUAUUAUCUUUAAUAAACAACCGAGAAAUGAUGGUUAAAGCAUAUUUUGUAAAUCAUACCCAUUGGGAUAGGGAAUGGUAUUUCACCACGCAGGAUGCCCAAGUAUUAAGCGACCAACUUUUUACGGAAGUUUUAGAUGAACUUGAGCAACAUCCAGAAGCCAAUUUUACGCUUGAUGGGCAAAUGUCAAUUGUAGAUGAUUACGUAGAAAUUCAUCCGGAAGCCCAAGCAAGAAUUCACGCGUUAGUUGAACGCAAACAAUUGUUUAUUGGGCCUUGGUAUACCCAAACUGACGCCUUGAUACCAAAUGCGGAAUCAUUAUUACGCAACUUAAUUAUUGGCAUUUUUGAUGCACGGGCAAAUUACGGCGAACCGAUGAUGCUAG